GUGUGUGUGUGUGUGUGUGUGUGUGUUUGUUUGUGUGUGUGUCUCACACAUACCAUGUUUGGUUUUCCUCACUUGUCUGGUGUGAUGAACAAGAGCCUAGAUACGGUAUGUUUAAAGGGAACAGCUGCCAAAUGUAGAGACAGAUAAAGACUCUCAGUUUCUCCCUACCAGUCCCCCGGUCAGGCAGUGGUUUAUAGCUCAGAGAUAACCCCAUCUUGAUAAGAUGCCUGUCCUUCAUUAUGUUCUUGCUGUCCGUCUGUGCUGUUCACCCUGUCCGUCCUGUCAGAAAAUAAAACUGCAGGUCGUGUGUAUCUUAGCUGCAAACUGAAGAUGUGGCAAAUGUGUUGGGAAUUGUAAACAUUAUUCACCCAGUGACAAGCUGUGUUUGAAACUUGACUUAACUUGGCUUAAAUCUGUGUUGUCGAAGGUGUGGAAGGCCUCUGCUUACCUUGCUUUUAACAGCAGGUAACUGGUCAGCAGAGAUGUCGUUUAUGAGUUGCAGAUAAUUUAGCUUGGAUCAUGAUAAGGAUUUUAUUGUUUUGCUAGCAAGUUGUAAACUCAGUAUUUCAAACCUUUUUUUCUAUCUUAUUCACACCUGACUCUAUGUAGAGAUUUAGAGUUCCUUUUGUCUUCCAUUCUGUAAACAUUGAUGUCCAUGAAGAUCAUGCUAGGUACUGACUUAACCUUAAAAACGGAAAGGGUUUCUUUUUUUGGAAAGAACCUACGUGGUUUCAAACAAAGGAGACGAAACCUGCUGUUAAGAUGAGAAAUGGCAGGAUGGAGGUUCAAACUGGAGGAAUUAAACUAACUAUGCAUCUGUCAAAAUGUCCCUGCCAGUUGGGUGAAUAAGGACAGAUUCAAUUCAUAUGAUCCCUUUUGUCAGGAUAGAUGAAUGGGGUAAUGGAGUUGUGUAGGGACGAUCUUUUGAGGAAGAACAGAUUUGUGAGAUUUGUUCUCUCACCCUUACCAUAAAAAUGUGGACGUACUGUUAUCUGAUUGCACAAUCACUCAAUGAUUGUGAUUCGUACAGGAAAUGUGAUGAUACUGCAGUAUCUCCAGGCUAAUCUGUAGAAUGUUCCAUGGUUCUCAAGCGUGCCUCCAUUGUGAAUGUCAUGUGACUCUGUAGUGCUUUUUUCUUAUGUAGACGUCUAGCCUCUGGAGUGAGUUGAGGUGAAAACUGAUACCGCCAUGUUUUGUGUUAGCCAAAGGUGUUGAGUUGAAAGGGAACGGAUAAGGCACCCUGGCUUGUGCUCUAGCCUCGCAGUUCUCCAGGGUUGUACUCUGUGUCAUGUGGCCCGGCGCCUCUAGAGAAUGUUUACAUCCAGGGCCGGAGUCAUCCGCUUUCAGCACAAGUGCUUCCAGCAGCCAGAGCUCGGGAGUUCACCCUCUGCCUGACCCAUAAUAACUACUGCAUGUUGCUGUAAACACUCCGCCAGAGACCACACUUAUGUGCCACGCUUUUCUGCAUUGCUCAUAUUUUAACACCUUUGAUCUCUUUUUAUUUGAUUUUUAUAUAUACGAGUUCUUCUAAUGGGGGAAAAAAUUAUAAUAAUAUAUAUAUAAUAUAAGUUGUAUUAAUCCUUAAGGUAAAUUAUCAGCAAGAACAAUACCAAAAAGACAAGAGCUGCUCUACUGCAUGCUUGUCAUACAAGUAGGUGGAGAGAUAUGUAUGCCGUAAUAUGGCAAGUUUUUGUACAGGUUGAACAAUCUUCUAGAUCCAUGCAAAUACAUUCUCGCAUGAUACCAGUCAACCCAUUAGCAGGGCCCAUUUUUAUAGAUACUAGUGAUUUUCUAGCACUCACAAUUUCCAACUUCUCUUUAGAUAAUGAGUCGCUCUUUACGGGCAUGGAAAAGUUCAAAACUAGUUUGCUCAGAAGAAUGCAGAGUUUGAAACAGAAACAGCAGUGAGCUAUGUCUAAAUAUGACUGAUUGUUUGUUUGAAGUGCAUGCUAUGGUACAUACCCAUGACAAAUAGUUGAUGUGUUUUAAACAAACAAGAGCAUUCCCUAUUUUUACCUCCCUAACCAUCGUAGCUGUAUGUAUGUAGAGAUGUAUGAGUAGCUCAUUGUAAUAUUGGAACCAAUUUCUUUGUUGCUCAAAACCCCGUGCUUGUGUUUGUGGUUUGGUGGGACCUGUGUUUUGCAUGUGAUUCAGUGAUGAAGCGGACAACAGCGCCAAUAUGCGAUUGCAUUUCCGUCCACUAGGGGCUGACGCUUCCCAUGUUGUUGACACAUCUCACAGGUCAGGUGAUGAAGAGGCUUUGCGUCAGAGUAGGGCACAGAACUACCCAAAGACGCAUGACAACUUUCACCAACUUACAGCUGCCUUUGAAAUCGCUCCUUUGUCUCCUUUAUUUCAUUUAUUUUUCAUUGUGAACGCGCAGCUGUAAACUUUGGCAGGCAAAAGCACCAUCUUAGCUGCUAACAGAAUCGGUUCUGGCUCGUUAAAAUCAUCCAUCCCUUAACAAACUCUUAGCAGCCUACGGGUGACGAUACUCAAAUCAAACACAAAGCUUGUACUUUCCAGCAAUCUGCGUGGAAUGGCAACCCGAUGCCAUUGUCCGUGUUGGUAAAUGCCCUAUAAGCCACGUCCCACUGCAGCCCUCCCUUUAUGUAUUGAAUUUAGCCUGAGGUAUAGACGCAACUGGUUGCCUCGUUUGGAAGCAGGUCAGCUGCAUGUGUGGGACUUGCAGUGUGGACAGAAGGGGAAACAGGCGGACAGGUCUAUGGACUCAUGAAGGAGGAGUACAGGGCCACACCAGGAGACUCAUCUGAUGUCUCGCAUGGUCUUCAGCACUAGUGCCUCUCUGUUCCCCCUCCAGGGUUCUGUCUCUCGCUGUCCCUCCCUCUGGAUCUGUCUGGUUGGUCUCUUGUCUUUUACUCUGCAUUCCACUCCUUCUUCUGCCUCUCUCUCUCUCUUUCAAGAUAUUGUUGGUGGUUCCAGGCCAGAUUUUAGUUCCAGCAUUCAGGAUUCAGAGAAAGAUUUGUCAAAUAUGGAAGGCUGAUGGGACUGCACACUUCAGGGAGCACCUGAUGGGAUUAUAAAACCCUUCCCUCAUUGGCAAUUUUCUUGGAUUUCAUUUUUUGGUCUGCGGAGAGUGUGUUUUCUGCUCUAAGUCGUGAAUCAAUAUUUGUAGAGAGUUGAGAGUUUGGACAGGAUUUUAUUGUUAUCCCUCUUAUUUAAGAGUUCUGAUUUAAGAUUGCGAUUUCCUAUUUAGGAAUGUGUUUAACUCAAGUUAAAAGAUUAUCUUGCCAGCUCAUUGGUCAGCAGCCAAGCUAAGCAAGCUGAAAAUUUGCUACAGAUCUGCUUGGCUGACUGAUUUUGGCUAUAAUUUCAGCAUUACUUUGGCUUCAGUUCCCUGAGGCAGAAAUGAUAGGUUUGCACGGUUGAUGUGAGCAUGUUCUCAUUAUAUCAGACAGAUGACUGAGACUCACAGCUUUACGUGAAAAAUCUGACUCUGAAAGUGCUUACAUACAGUACGUGCAUACAACAUACUGCUUAUUGUACUAUGAAGUUUGUGUGACUUGAACAUUUGUAGGCUGUCUAAAGGUCCUCUCAUAGCCACUCAGGCUCUGUGUGGCAGACACUUCUUGCAGUUUUGUUUAGUGGAAGUUGUCAAAGAGGAGGUGGCUGAGCAGUUGUUUCUACAGCCCAUGGAGGCUACAGGCUCUGGCAGAACCUGACUGAUCUACUUGAACAGAAUGUGGAUUUGUGGCCAUCUUGAGAGAUCUAUGGAUACAACACCUAUCCGUUUCAACAGUUCCAUCUUCUCGGAAGCGCAGUGAAUCUCUGUAGUUUUUUUUCCUCAGUAAAUUUGGUUGAACAUUUAAAGAAAUUCCACAAUGAAUAAAGACUCACGCUUUCCCCGGAAGUCUGUGCAGAUGAACUACUCGACCAGGAGGCACUCAUGCAUCGGUUUCGAUGUGGAGAAUGGGCUCGCCGUGGGCCGCAGUCCCCUGGACGCCCAGGCCAGCCCUGGUUCCGGACUGGCCCCGCAGGCCAAAUACCCCCACAGCCAGCGCCGCGAGUCCUUCCUGUACCGCUCCGACUCCGACUUCGACCUUUCACCCAAAGCCAUGUCACGCAACUCCUCCACCGCCAGUGAACUGGAAGAAAGUUUGAAGCACUGGGAAGUCAACUGGCUAACUCGGCAUGGAGAAGACAUGAUUGUCACACCCUUUGCACAGGUGCUGGCCAGUUUGAGGACGGUACGGAGCAACUUUGCUCUGUUGACACAUCAACAGGAUCGUGUGCCAAGCAAGAGGUCCUCAGGUAGCAACCCACCAUCCCUAUGCAAGACAACUGUUUCAGAGGAGCCUUUUCCGAAGCUGGCAGUGGAGACCAUGGAGGAGCUGGACUGGUGUCUGGAGCAGCUGGAGACACUAAAGACCCGCCACUCUGUUAGUGAGAUGGCCUCUACCAAGUUCAAAAGGAUGCUCAACCGAGAGCUUACCCAGCUGUCGGAGACAAGCAAGUCAGGAAACCAGGUGUCAGAGUUUAUCUCGAGCACUUUCCUAGAGAAGCAACAUGAUAUGGAUAUCAUGUCCCCACCAACCAAAGACAAGGACAAGAGGAAGUGGCCCAUGUCCCAGAUCAGCGGCGUGAAGAAACCGAGCCACAGCCCCAGUCUAGCUGUGUCCAGCAUCCCACGCUUUGGGGUCACCACCAAGCAGGAGGAGCUGCUGGCCAAGGAAUUAGAGGACGUUAACAAAUGGGGUGUGGACAUAUUUAAGAUAUCAGAAUAUUCUGGGAACCGACCACUGACGGUGACCAUGUACAGUAUAUUUCAGGAGAGAGAGCUUCUCAAGUCCUUCAAGAUCCCCGCAGACACCUUCAUCACCUUCAUGAUGACUCUGGAGGAGAAUUACCACGCUGACGUCGCUUACCACAACAACAUCCAUGCGGCUGACGUGGUCCAGUCCACCCAUGUGCUUCUCUCCACACCAGCACUUGAGGCUGUUUUCACAGACCUUGAGAUUCUCGCAGCACUGUUUGCCAGUGCCAUUCAUGACGUGGAUCACCCUGGAGUCUCCAAUCAGUUUCUCAUUAGCACAAACUCUGAGCUGGCUCUCAUGUAUAACGACGUCUCUGUCCUGGAGAAUCACCACCUGGCUGUGGGUUUCAAGCUGCUGCAGGAGGAAAACUGUGACAUUUUCCAGAAUCUGAGCAUGAAGCAGAGACAGUCCCUUCGUAAAAUGGUCAUAGACAUGGUCCUAGCCACAGACAUGUCAAAGCAUAUGAACCUGCUGGCAGACUUGAAGACUAUGGUGGAGACAAAGAAAGUGACAAGUCUGGGUGUGUUGUUGCUGGACAACUACUCAGAUCGCAUCCAGGUCCUUCAAAACAUGGUGCACUGUGCCGACCUCAGUAACCCAACCAAACCUCUCGAGUUGUACCGCCAGUGGACGGAUCGUAUUAUGGUGGAGUUUUUCACCCAGGGCGACCGUGAGCGGGACAAAGGGAUGGAGAUCAGUCCCAUGUGUGACAAACACAAUGCUUCCAUUGAGAAAUCACAGGUUGGUUUCAUGGACUACAUCGUCCACCCCCUGUGGGAGACCUGGGCAGACCUGGUUCACCCCGACGCCCAGGAGAUACUAGACACACUGGAGGACAACCGUGAGUGGUACCAGAGCAUGAUCCCCCACAGCCCGUCUCCCACGCCCGAGGAGGAGGAGAAGAGCAUGCUGCCCGGGGUUGGGGGUGCUGUCGGGGGGUGCGGCGGCCCCUCAGCGGGGGACAAGUUCCAGUUUGAACUGACCUUAGAGGAAGAGGGCGAAUCGGAUGCUGAAAGUGCCAGCGAUGACACAGAGUUUGAGGCCUCCGGGCAGGAGUCUCCCAGGACUGAGCACAAAGGAAAGUUCCAGUCUCCUCAUGCGAGACAUGCUCAGGCUGGCGCUCCGGUCAGCCCUAGCUGCCGGACAUCGUCCUUCGAGAUAGGAAACCCCUCAGACAGUGAUGAGGGCGAGGAGGACAGAGAACUUGACCAAGAAGGGAAAGGUCUGUCGUGCCUGAAGAUGGGCACAUAACACCCAGCGCACUUUCACUUUCGUUUCGCUUUAUGUCCGUGCUUCCCUCCCCCUCCCCUUAUCUCCGUCCGUCCUCCCCGGACAUUCCUGGCUUCCUGGGACAAAGUGGUACCACAGAGUAGGAGAGCGAAGGAGUGAGAGAUUGCCUUCAGGACAUAUGCACUCGCACCGUAGUCAUCUUGCACUGGAGUCAGCUUGCUGUCUCACCCUGUGAGACAGGAAGUGUUCUUUUUAGCCUUUUUGUGUGUUUUCCUUCUGUGAGUUUCAGCCGGUUUUUGCUGUAUAAGGCUUGUAUUUCACACGGUCAAUAAGUACAGCUGUGUGCGAAUAAGCCACAUCAAGGUCUAUUGAACACAGUGAGGAUUUUUGAUGAAAUGUCUUCCCGUGUCAACUUAUAAAGAAGAAAAAGUAAUGAACCAUAACACCAUCAGAACCUUAACAGUUUUAUACUAGUCAGUGGAGGCACCUGGUUGAUGUAGAAGACUUUGCACGACUUUUGUUUUACAGGUCAGUUUGUAUCUGAACACACAGAGAGGGUUUUAAAACUGAUCAAUGUACUGCAAACUUAAUUAGCUGUGUACCUGAUCACAGAAAAAAAACUGAGCAUAACACAAAUCUCAAGACAUGAAGGACAGGUACUGUGGCCGCCCUCUCUAACACUAUACUUACAUUGUGAUUAUUCCUGUUUAGCAACCGGCCAUGUUUUUGAUUGAGCUUUACUGUGUAUCUGGCGACACCAAGUGUUUUAGAAUGGAACUACCACCAUAAAUAGGAGACAACAGAAUAUGAGUUAACCUUAUGGACACUUCUCCUGCAUAUUGUGUAGCUUUACUCAGCAGAGACCUGGGUAAGUGGACAUGCAAAACAAAACAGUUCUUAAUAUUCAACACUUUGAAGUGUUUGUAUGAUUUAAUUUGUUUAUUUCAUCUUGUCGGUCAGACGUUAUGAUCUGUUUAUUUUUUUAUUGUAAUCAGCUUGACUUCUUGUGUAGCACUUUGCAUCUUUAGUCAUUGCCAAAAGUCACCCUGCUAGAUAGGGCUGGAGCCAAAUGACACUUGCAUAUGGUGCCAACGGUUGCAAUUACCAUAGAUAUAAGGAUAACCAGCACUUUUCUUACACACCUCUUACAAUAUUAGCAUUCAAGUCUUUUCUGUAGAAUCUUGGAUGGGUACAGGCUUUUUUAUAAGGAAUACUGUAAGGGGCUCAGUAUUGGAAAGUCCAUGUUUUAAAAAGGUAGAUAGGUUUUAAAAUGUCUCUCGGGUUGUAUGACUUGUGUUUGUCUGCAGAAAAAAUUGUAGUUACCAAUUUGGUUCCUUAAGAUACAUCCAUUUAGAUGCUAUCGGAAACAUGCAUUUAUUUAAACAGUUAUAUGAAUAAAUCUAACUGCAAAGGCGUAAAGCCAAAGGCUAUUUUCAGAGCCAGACUUUUUUUCUUUCCUUUUGGCCAUAGAUCAAUACUCUGCUCUUCACAGGGACAUAGCCAAUAACAGUACAAGUGCCAAGCAAGCAUGACACAAACUGUACUGUAAUUUCCAUUUUGCCACUGGCUAAUUUCCAUCAAUGACUGCAAUGUUAAUAAUAUCUGUGUGUUCAAAUUAUAUUUGACCUCUGUUUAAAACAGCCAUAUACCUUGAUUGUCUCCACAAUUACAUGUAGCUUCAGAUGAAACUGAUUGUUAUAAGCAUUCAGCUUUUGGAACUGAGACACUUAUGGUACUAAGUACAUUAUUAGGUAUUAGCAAGUACAUUUACAGCUUAUUUGGGAGGAACGAAGAUGACUUUGCAUUUGAUGCAUUGCUAUGUCUCAGCUAAAUUACACAUUAUGUUUGAAACUCUCUGCACACACAUAAAUAAAGCUUAAAACACAGGAGGUAAAUGUGUGGAAAACAUGACAUGAACAAAAAAAAUUCUGUCAAGGUAAUAUGUAAUGCUGUUUUUUGUCUUGACAUUAUAUCUCAUAAAUGUAAAUAUACGCCUUGAAUGAUCAUUGCAGCUCUUAACUGUGGCACUGUGGGAUUUGCAAUAUCUAUACAAAGCCUGAAACUGAGCUCUGAACUAUGUUGUGAUGAAAGGGAUAUCCUUGACUCUUUUUUCUUUUCCGUACAAAAAUGUGUUUUCUGUCUGCUGUUGAUUAUUUUAUAUAUCCUAACCACUCUGAUACUAUUAAGUAUUUAUUCUUUUUUAUAUAUACAUCUGUCAGAUAUAAAGUUAUGUGUGUAGAUUUUAUUGGAUGCUGAGAAUCCAGUCAUGGGCCAAAAUAGGGCAGAUUUUUACAGCUCCACCAAAAUGUUGCUUUGUUCCUUGAUCACCUUUACAAAUUUUGAGGUCAAUGGUGGAGACAUGCUCCAGUAGAAUAGAAACCUGUUCCAAGACCAUGAACUGCUAUCCCCAUGUCUACCCUGGUCUAAAAUCUGCUGCAGUUUUGACAAUCCAAAUACAACUGUUUACUACAUGUUGGUAAUUUAUGUUACUGUACUCGUUCUUCUAUGCCAAUAAAAGCAAAAAGUCUUUAUGCAUAA